AUGUAUUGUCUUUCUUUUCCAAGUUCAUAUUGUGGCUAUGGUUGCUUCGGCACUUAUGCCUUCGACUGUUGCGGCCCAUCUGGUUGUGGUGCCGGAGGAGGCGGUGGGGGUGGCUAUGGAUUCGGUGGUGGCUGCGGAGUAUGGGGAGGCAACCAAGGCUUUUGUGGCUAUGGACCCAGCACCGGCAGUGCCUGUGGUCCGCGACUCUGGAACUGCGGUCGGUGGCCAUAA